AUGUUGCAUUUAUUUGGUAAUGAAGAUGGUGCUAAAGGUUGUACCCUUGUCGCUGUUAUCGUUUCAUGGCAUUAUUCAGGGGCUGACGCAGACACUCUUGGCGCCUUUUUGGAAUCACUGGAAGAAUUGAAAGAUGAGAGUGACAGUGGACAGUUGGGAUCGGUUGAAGAUGUCGUUGGUGGACUUACGGGAGGGCGUUCCGACUGCAAGAUAACGACAACGCCCUCUUAUCGGCCAUCACAAGACGGGGCAGCCGUGGAAACACAGGACAAUCAAAAUUUCGCACAUAACCAAGUUAAUUCGGUUGUCGACGAAGUAUCGGGUGGUCGAUGUUUCAAGGAUAUUUAUCAUGUCGAUCCAGCGAUUGAUAGUGUGUCUCUUCCUGAAGUCGUAAAACUAAAAAAACGUUUGGGAAUAGAAACAAUGGGUGUACGAGUACCAAAACCUUUGCGUGCUUUUACCCACCUGUCUUCUAGUGUUCCACCGGCAUUGAUGAAGCGGUUUUCAAAGCUUGGUUACACGGAGCCUACCCCUAUGCAAUGCCAAGCUAUGCCAAUUUUGCUGCAGGGUAGGAAUGCUAUAUUGAUGGGUGAGAGUGGGUGCGGGAAAACACUGUCGUACUUGAUUCCACUUGUUUGUCAUACUUUAAAUCUGAUUCGUGAAACUAAUUCAGCGGCGCCGAAACGGUCCGCAUUUUGUGUAAUUAUGGCUCUCACCCGUGAGGCUUGCGGACAAAUAUUUAUCGUGCUCUCUAAACUUGUAAAAUCCUUCAACGUUAGAGUCGCUACGGUAACUACUGGGUAUGAUAACUACAAUCAAGUGGUAUCUGGUACCGAAUUCCUUGUCGUAACGCCGGCUAAGCUGUGCGAUCUACUGAAUUGUCGUUCUCUACUCCUGUCGAAUACUUAUGCCGUAGUCUUAGAAGACUUUGCGAAGGUAUAUCGAAAGCAUGCGGAUGAAGCAGAAAUGUUGCUUAAUCAACGUAACGCAAUGAAAGUUAUUGUGUCUAAUGUCAUGCUUGGUGCUGGAACACUAACGGUUAUACGACAAUAUCUAAAAUGUUCGGUUACGGUAAAGUACGUGGCGAGUACCACACUUUCGCACCUAAAUUUGAAGUGGAUAGCGUGUUUAAAGGAGCCUAGUAAAAUACAAAAAACAUCUUUUUUAAGUGACCUGUUGUCACAUUUCCACCAAGCUUUUCGCAUGGUUAUAUUCGCUAAUGAAAAGAUUACAGUUGAACACAUAUACAGUUUCAUCACUAACAUCACAGAUUCUGUGGAAUUCGUUCACGAGGGUCUAUCGAAAGAUGUUUUAACGGCGACGCUGGAACGGUUUAGAACGGGUGGUUUGCAAAUUUUGGUGUCGACCGACAUGUUGACGAACCAUAUUAAUCUUCCACAAGUUGAUUAUGUCGUCAUGUUUGACAUGCCACGUUUAUUGUCCAAAUUUUGCGGGCGUGUAAACCUAGCGCAGAUGAGUGAGAAGGGGGCGAUAUACAAUCUCUUGACAAAACGAGACCACAUUAUAUGCUCAUCCAUAUGCUGCCAAUUAGCUAAGGAGUCUCUUGAACUGCCUAGGGUUUUGGAACAAGUGGCUCUAAACUGGAAACCGUAUCGCGAUUUACGGCAGCAAGGUAAAGACCCUGCUAUGCAGAUUCAAGAACACCAAGAGUUAGAAAUCGACAUGCGCGGCGCUUCAUCGAAAGGUAAUAUAACUGGUAGUCUGGUACCCGCAAAUUCAGCUGAACAUACAAGUCCAGCUAAAAUAAAUUGUACAAAAGGAGAUGGUGUGCCGAGUCAUGGGACGGCGUCAUCAGAAGAUCGCAAUAUGGAGAGUGACACUGGACGGGAGUACGGCAUAGAAGAUAUUAUCUCUUCUGAUGAGGACGCGGAUACAGUUCCCAAAAGGCAACUGGUGAAAUCUUCUGGUUUGAUCGAUUUGGAGAAACUGAAACGGCGGCGCAGUAAAAUGCUUCAGGAAGAACUGUAA